AUGGAGGGCCAGCAGGCCCGCCCCGCGGGUUUCAUGGGCGGUGCCGCCGCCACGCCGCCGCCGGGGCCCGCGGCCAAGUCCGUGCUGGGGAGCACCGGCGCCUCCCUGGCCACGCCGCGGGGCGGCAGCGCCGCCCGGGCCGCCCCGCGGCCCGUGGUGGACCACGAGGUGGACCCUCCAGAUCCGGGUGUCGAGGCCCUUGCGCAGCUCGAGGCGAGGUUCUACCCGUCCGCCGUCGCGCGGGAGAAGGUGCUGGGUGAGCGGCGGGCGUACCCCCGCAAAGUGGGGGCGAGGAAGCCCGCGACGGGCCCGCUGGCGAAGGAUGCUGGGGGGGCAGAGGAGCCCGUCCAGAUGCGAGUGCCUGGCCUUGGGCUGGCUGCGCAGAGGCUCCUCAAGUCGACUUCGAUAAAGCUCCCGGUGUCCGCGUACCCACUGUACGUCGAGAUGUCUGGUCCGCACGGGGACCUCUGGCACAGGAGGUUCAACGGCGGAUCCACGAUCUCGGACCUGAAGAGGUGGGUCUUCGAGAAGCUUCUUCUGCCCGACUUCACGUACGACCUGUCAUACGCCGAGCCCGGCAAGGCCGUGCUCGAGGACGACCUGCGGCUGCUCACCCUGGACGAGGCCCUCGAAACGCGGAAUUUCGCGACCGUGCGGGGAGCCAGCGACGAGCUGAAGAAGGGUGUGCCUGGUGUGCACUCAGUCGGGACAGUGGAUAGCACCAACCUCUACGUCCGGGUCAAGUGCAUGCACUGCGGAAACUUGCUGAAUAGCCUGGCGCCGAGCAGGAAGUUCAAGACCUUCGUCGACUCGUCGGAGCUCCAGCGCGAACAGCGAGCCGGUACCGUGGACAAGGUUAGCAGCAGCACGAAGAUCCAGGGCGCCUCGUCCUUUCCUGACCCCGCCGACAUCGGUGACAUUGUCGAGGCGGCCAUGGACAAGGGCGCGGCCGCUGAGGAUAUGCUGGCGGGCCUGUGGGUACGGCCAGACGAGUCAAAGCAUUGCUUCUAUCACACGAAAGGAUACGAACUGUUUAAGGUCGCUCGGGAGUCUGGCAAGGGAGGGCACUCGUAUCUCGCCAAGAUCAGCAUCAACAACCAGAAUUUCCCAUCUCUCAUCGAGAAGCCUCUGGCGGGUCUGCGUGGUAGUGAGCAGCAGAAGCAGAAAGCACUCCACUAG